AGGCCGUGGCACCGCCGGGCACACCGGGACCGGGGCCGCCACCGGACGCUGACGGUCUCCGUACCCCUGCAGGGGCGGCUGCGGCGCCUCCCCCGGUGCCCACCGGGUCCGCUCCCGCCGAGCGCCGAGGGCAGCCCUCGGGCCCGGUGCUGGAUGUGCCGGGCUGCGGCCGUGCCGGGAGCCGGGGCCGUGCCGGGAGCCGCGGCCGUACCGGGAGCCGGGGCUGUCCCGGUGAACCGUGGCCGUGCCGCUGCCGGCGAUGAUUCCCCGCUGACAGGCUGAGCGGCACCGACUGCGCUGGCCAUGGUCCUGCCCUUACCCGCAGUGAGGUCAGGUAGGAGCUGGGCCAUGGGGGCUGCGCCGGGGCCAGCACCUCCCCCCUGCCCUCCGUAGCCCGGCAGUGGCCGGUGGCCACCAUGAACUGGCCCACACGAGUGCCCGGGCCCCGCCGGCUGCUGGGCUGCUGCGGACGGGAGCCCCGGGCCGCGGGCGGGGAGACACCGCCGGAGCCGGAGACACCGCCAGAGCAGGAGCAUGAGCAUGAGCAGGAGCAGGAGCAGCAGCAGGAGCAGGAGCAGGAGCCGGAGCAGCAGCAGGAGCAGGAGCAGCAGCAGCAGGAGCAGCAGCAGCAGGAGCAGCAGCAGGAGCAGGAGCAGCAGCAGCAGCAGCAGGAGCCGGAGCAGCAGCAGGAGCAGGAGCAGCAGCAGCAGCAGCAGGAGCAGGAACAGGAGCAGCAGCAGGAGCAGGAGCCGGAGCAGCAGCAGCAGCAGGAGCAGGAGCCGGAGCAGCAGCAGCAGCAGCAGCAGCAGCAGGAGCAGGAGCAGCCCGAGGAGCCGCGUGCGGCGCUGCCGCUGGGCUCAGGGCAGGCGCUGGAGGAGUGCCCGCUGUGCCUGCUGCCGCAGCCCCCCGAGGCCUUCCCCAGGCUUGGCUGCUGCGCGCACCGCUGCUGCCGGGGCUGCCUGCAGCAGUACCUGCGCCUGGCUGUGGGCGAGAGCCGGGUCCCCGUGCCGUGCCCGCAGUGCCCCGCGGUGCUGCCGCCCGCCGACGUGCACCGCCUGCUGCCCGAGCCCGCCCUCCGCGACAAGUACGAGCAGUUCCUGCUGCGGCGCCUGCUGCUGGCGGACCCCGGCACCCGCUGGUGCCCUGCUCCUGACUGCAGCUACGCUGUCUUUGCCCACGGCUGUGCCGAAUGUCCCCGCCUCACCUGCGGCCGUGAGGGCUGUGGCACCGAGUUCUGCUAUCACUGCCGGCAGCCCUGGCACCCUGACGGGCCCUGUGCACCGCUGCCGCCCAGCCUGGCCACCCCCACAGCACAGCUGGCACAGCCGGAGGAGCUGGCCCACGCUGAGGCUGAGGACAUCAAGGUCUGUCCUCGCUGCAGCGCCCUCAUCAUGAAGAUCAACGAUGGGAGCUGCAACCGCAUGAACUGCCCGGUCUGUGGGUGCCUCUUCUGCUGGCUCUGCCUGCGGGAGAUCUCUGACGUGCACUUCCUCAGCCCCUCUGGCUGCACCUUCUGGGGGAAGAGGCCGUGGUCCCGGACCCGGAGGAUCCUGUGGCAGCUGGGCAUGGUCCUGGGAGCGCCCAUGGUCAUCUCCCUUGCUGCGGGCAUUGCUGUCCCUGUCAUUACCAUUGGGAUCCCUAUCUACAUGGGUAGGAAGGUGCUGGGCCAGAGCCGGCGGAGCAGCCUCUCCGGGUGCCAGCAGUGCCUCUCUGUCACCAGCAGUGUCCUUCUCUCUCUCUUCGUGUCCCCCAUCAUAACAGCUCUCACUGUGGGUGUCGGCGUGCCCCUGGUGCUCACCUACGUGUACGGGACCGUGGUGCUGUCGCUGUGCCGGGGCCGCCGGGGCUGCCGGGGCGGCCGCUCGCCUGCAGAGCUCGGCGUGGUGGAGCUGGACAACCUGGCCAAACUGAAUGAGCUGUGGGCGGGGCUGCCCAGCCCCAGAGCAGCCGAGGACGGAGCCGCCGGCGCCGCUGCCUCCGUGCCCAGCAGCAGCCGCAGUCCUCGCCCGGGGCCGGCGUGGCCGGAGGGGAGCAGCCAGUCGGCCAGCACAGUGGCGCUGGCGGGGAGCAUGCUGAGUGAGGGCCAGGACACCUCUGACAGGGAAGGUAUCACCAUCGAGGUGGAGGUGUCGGUUGAAGCGGUGCCCCGGUCUGCCCGGCAGCAGAGCCUCAGCAGUGCCCUGUCUGGGCAGAGCCUCUCUGGGGACUCCCUGGGAGCCGCCAGUGACAGGGGCAGCUCCGUGGGUGUCCCUGUGGAGUGACGGGGGCCCGAGGGGGAGAAUCUUGACCCACACACAGGCCCUGUGUCCUCCUUCCUGUGGCAUAGCCAGUCCUCCUCUGCCAGCACGCCCAACCCUGGGAGCUGGGUCCUGGGUGGGUGACAGCUGCACCCCGCAGUGCCACACCCUGCACUAGCCCCGUCCAUCCCUUUCCCAGAGGCACACUAGGAAAUAAAGCUGCUUUCUGAGGGUC